AUGCACUUCAAAGCGCUUGUGGCUAUGCUGGCCUUGAGUACCGUUGGCGUCAUCGCUAACCCCACGAGUUACUAUGACGGCAAGAAGGAUUGCGAUAGGAAAGGCAAGGAUUGGGAGUGGAAGGACGAUGGCUUCGGCCAUAAAUAUUGCUUUAAAAAGGAGUGGAAGAGAGGUGACGACUACGGAAAGGACCAUGAUGACUAUGGCAAGAAGAGUGAUCAUGAUGGAUACAAAAAAGGGUGGAAGAGGGGUGACGACUAUGGAAAAGACCAUGAUGACUAUGGCAAGAAGAGGUGGAAGAGGGAUAGUGACUAUGGAAAGGACCAUGAUGGUCAUGGCAAGAAGAAUGACUACGAUAACUAUGGCAAGAAGGACUAUGAAGACCACUACAACGUCGGCUGGAACUGA